AUGGAAGCAGUUGAAAAAGCAAAAUCACGUAUGAAAUUGUAUCCAAUAUUGUUAGCAAAAUGUAGUAAAGCAGCGGCAUUAUAUGCGGCUUGCGUAGCACGAGAUCUAAAUGUAAGUAAACAUAUAUGUAACAAGGAAUUUACAGAGUUCAAAAAUUGUCUUGUUAAAGCUAGUAAAGAAAUGAGAACAAAGUUGUAAUUAUAAAAGAAAUAAGCGACAUAUUAUUUAUAAUUGUGGAUAGAAACAUUUGUGUAAUCAACAAAAAAAAAGGACAGAAAGAAAUAAAACUUAACUUAAUAAUACAUA